GAGCGCUCCCGGCUCUACCAUGCCGAGGGGCUUCCUGGUAAAGCGGACGAAACGGACGAGCGGCUCGUACCGAGCGCGCCGAGCCGAGCGGGCCUUCCCCCUGCUGGGGCCCGAGGGGGCGCCGCCCUUCCCCGAGGAGGCUCCCCGUGCCUCCCAGCCCGGGGCGCAGCGGGCGGCGCCCCCCACGCCGGAGGAGCCCGGAAAGGGGCUGGAGGAGGACGCGGCCCGCCAACUGUCGGGGUCGCCCUGUCGGGCCGCUGCGGUGAGCCCGGGGGUGGGCGCGCGGGAGGGCGCAGAGCGGAGGGCGGAUGGCAGGGAGGGCCCGGGGCCCGGGCCCUGCCCCAGCCUCGCGAAGCCGGCGGGCGCGGAGCUGCGCCGGGCGUUCCUGGAGCGCUGCCUCGGCUCGCCCGUCUCCGCCGAGUCCUUUCCAGGGGGCGCCGCCGCCGUGGCCGCCUUCUCCUGCUCGGUGGCGCCGGCAGCCGCCCCGACCUCGGGGGAUCAGUUCCUGCUGCCGCUCCGGGCACCGUUCCCAGAGCCCGCGCUGCAUCCGGACCCCGCGCCCCUCUCGGCCGCCCUACACGGCCUGAAGCGGGCCGCCGGCGCCGAGCGCCGCGCCAAGGCACCUCCCGGCUGCGCGUCUGCGCCCGCGGCCGCCGGAGUCAAGAAGCCAAAGGCCAUGAGGAAGUUGAGCUUCGCCGAUGAAGUGACCACAUCCCCAGUCCUGGGCCUGAAGAUCAAGGAGGAGGAGCCCGGAGCGCCGUCCCGGGGCCCGGGGAGCAGCCGCACGCCGCUGGGGGAGUUCAUCUGCCAGCUGUGCAAGGAGCAGUACGCCGACCCCUUCGCGCUCGCCCAGCACCGCUGCUCCCGCAUCGUGCGCGUCGAGUACCGCUGCCCCGAGUGCGACAAGGUCUUCAGCUGCCCCGCCAACCUCGCCUCCCAUCGCCGCUGGCACAAGCCGCGUCCUGCAGCCGCAAAUGCCGCCCCCGUGUCCUCAGCCGACGGGAAGCCGCCUCCUCCGGCACCCUCGUCCUCUCCGGACUCCGGGACUAUCGCAUCCUUCCUGGCGGAGGGCAAGGAGAACAGCCGGGCCGAGCGAACUGUGGAUCAGCACCUGCAGGCCAGGGACAGCUCCGGGGCGGAGCAGCACCGGGACAGCGCCCCACACCCGGGCCUCCAGGUGUUGUCCCACCCCGAGCCACCGCGGCCUCAGGUCCCUUACACGGAAGCGGUGUUGGGGCGCCGGGUGCCCGGGCCGGGCAGUGCCAGUGGUGUCGGGGGACCCGAGAUCUUCGUGUGCCCGUAUUGCCAUAAAAAGUUCCGUCGCCAAGCCUAUCUGCGCAAGCACCUGGGCACUCACGAGGCGGGCUCGGCCCGCGCGCUCGCCCCGGGCUUUGGCGCCGAGCGCGCCGCCCCGCUCGCCUUCGCCUGCCCGCUGUGCGGGGCGCACUUCCCCUCCGCAGACAUCAGGGACAAGCACCGGCUGUGGCACGCGGUCCGCGAGGAGCUGCUCCUGCCCGCCCUGGCUGGGCCGCCCCCCGAAGCGCCGAGCCCAGGCGGCGCAUCCGACGGCGGUGCUCAGCAAAUUUUCUCGUGCAAGCACUGCCCGUCCACUUUUUUCAGCUCCCCGGGGCUGACCCGGCACAUCAAUAAGUGCCACCCCUCGGAGAGUCGGCAGGUGCUGCUGCUGCAGAUGCCUCUGCGGCCCGGCUGCUGA